UGUAGUGUAGAUUUUACCAUUAUAACCAUAUGCAAAGAAUUAAAGGGAAGAGACUGAGUUGUUAUCACAAAGUGAUAGUUUACCUAAUUUCAGUAAUUUGUAAAUGGAAGAGGGCAGUAUUAUUAACUAACUGAAACAGAUAAGAAAUGAUGGAUUCCAAUGUUACAAAAUCGCCCAAGAAUUUGGUGAGAAAAACGACUGACAGUUACUCAUCUUGUAUGCUGUAUGAUGAUGAAGUCAAAGAAAAGCUGAAGGGAAUAGCUUUUGCUACAUACAAUCCAAAUACUGACUGUUGUUAUAGCCUUAAUUUGGAUCCCCCAGAUGUUCCUGAUAACUGCCAGCAUCGUCACCAUCAUUACCAUCACAAACAUGUGAUUUCUGAAAAGAUGGCCUGUAACUGUUGCAGUGUUGAAUUUUCAUGCAGACAUGACCAGAGAGAUCAUUAUAAAUCAGACUGGCACAGAUACAACUUGAAGCUCAAACUGAAAGCUCUAAGCUCUGUUUCUGAAGAAGACUUUGAAAGAAUUGCAGGGGACGUGUCGAGCAUCUCUGGAUCUGAAGAGAGUUCCGACUCUGACGCUGAAAGUGACCGCAGUGUUUGUGGUGGGAGAGUGAAGACGAGGCCGAUGCCGAUUCCUGGUCACGUGCAUAGCUCCCCGUCUCACAGUGGCACAGACAGCGAGUCUGAGACAUCCACCACAUGGGAAUGGAACAUGCGCAAAUAUCCUAAAGUCUACUUCAGAAACAUGUUGGGAGAAAUUCUUUCUCUUUAUCGUUGUCUUCUCUAUCACAAGAAGAAGCCUCCAUCAUCUCAGUCUGUCUUGUUGACUACUGCAGUGGCUCUUCCACAACACACUAAGUGGGCAAUUUUUAUGGCUGCAGGCGGCCAUUUUGCUGGUGCUGUAUUUGAUGGUGAAACUCUGGUAACACACAAGACAUUUCAUCGCUAUGUGGUGCGAGCUAAACGGGGCAGUGCUCAGGGAAGCAGGGACAGUCAAGGAAAUGCUCCACGGUCAGCAGGGGCAAGUCUCAGGCGGUACAACGAGGCAGCACUAGCCCAGGAAGUCCAAGAUCUGAUAGUGUCCUGGUCAGAUCAUAUCAAGAAGUGUGAUUUAAUCUUUCUACGAGCUCCAAGCUUCAAUAGACCAAUCUUUUAUGGAGGCAAAAAUGCUUUGUUCAAGAAAGAUGAUACGAGGAUUCGAACAAUACCAUUUGCAACAAGGCGUCCCACCUUGAAUGAAGUUAAACGAGUUUACCAGAUGUUGGCAUCAGUAGAAUUUUAUGGUAAUGAAAGCGAUAUUAAGGAUUUUAUUCCAGUGUCGCCUGUUAGACGUUUUAGUCAUGAAACAGGAAAACUGGAGGUUGUUUCAGAUGAUAAGCUUAAAAACUUACCAUGGAGAUCACAAGACAAAGACAACACAUCACUACUGGCAGCAUCACCAAAAAGACUCAACCCUGAUGAUUCUAGUCCAAAAAAUGUAGCAGAUUUUGUUAAAGCGAUUCCUGACCAUGUUAUUCAAGAUGACAGCCAUCGAUCAUCGUCAACAUCUGCUAGUGAGACAGAGUUAGUUGAAGUGGUGGAAACCAGCAGCACACUGCAUCUUCAAGAAUUUGACCACACACCAAAGCCUCGAAAGAAAAAAUCAAAAAGGAAGAGACAUCCUUCAAAACACCAACUUGAGCCUGAUGGAGACGUGUUUGCGGAAGAAAAAUAUCAUCUAAGAAAUUCAUUAUAUACAGCAUGUAAAGUUGGGGAUGUGGAGUUGUUAAAAAACCUGCUUGCCGUGUUCAAAGUGAUGUCGGGAAACAAAGAUGGUGAUGACGUAACCAGUGUCAGUGGAAAUAGAGAACCAGACAUUAUUAACAGUGAAGUCUUGGAACAGAACAGCAAUGUAGAGGAACAUCAUGGAGGUAACAGUAACAAGAAUUCUGUUGACAACUGUGAAAACGUAAGUCAUGAUAUGAAUCAGAUGAAAUCGGCUGAUCUCGUUGAAAAUGCUUCAUCCACUGAUACCUGUGAUAAAAUACCCAGCGACAGUGUUAAUUCAGUAGACUUCACACAUGAUAACACAUCAGUUAACUGUCCACAAUCUUUGGUGCCUGAAGUGUGUGUUAAAAACACUGAAAAUGAGGAUGCGACCGACUUGAAACAAGCACCAGAAGAGGGUAACCAGUCUAUUCCAAAUACUGUACCAGUUAUACAGGAAAAAGAUCCAAGUUGUGACACUUACGUUCCCAGUGGGAAAAGUAAUUCAUCCUUAAAGAAGCCAAGUCUUCUUUCCUCUUCUCCUUCAAGACAAAAAUCGGAAGGGACUCGUCUAUCAGAGUUAUCUCCCCUGAUGGCUGCCGACAUUUUAAAUGAGCCGUUUGGUGACAAUGAAACCACGCUGCUGCAUGUGUCGUCCAGAUGUGGUCAUUCUGCUCUGAUCAGUUUGCUGCUCAAUGCAGGAGCUGAUCCAUCCGUCAGGGAAAAGUCGGGAAAAGUACCAUAUUUCAUUGCAUCAACAAAGGAAACGAGGAAUGAAUUCCGAAGAUUUAUGGCGAGCCAUCCAGAUAAAUAUGACUAUGUCAAAGCACAGGUUCCAUGUCCACUGACUGCAGAUAUGGAAGCAGAAAGGAAGCAGAAAGAUUUGGAAAAGAAAAAAAUUCUAAAAAAGAUAAAGAAUGAGAAAAUGAAGGAGAAGAAAGCAGAAAUGGCUAUACAGAGAAAGGAAGUGGAAGAACAGAGGAGGUUUUUGUCACUGUCCGACAGAGAAAAGAGGGCUCUUGUGGCAGACAAGAGGCUUGUUGAGCAGCUGAAGACACAAGGUGAAGCUGUGCCUGUUCUGAGUCGGUGUUGGCAGUGUGGAAGUGACAUGACUGGCAAAAUUCCAUUCCAAUAUUUUGAUUAUAAAUUCUGUAAUUCAAAAUGUCUUCAGACUCAUAGGAAGCAGGCAAAAUCAUAGCAGGUCGCAAUCCAGAACAUUUACAUUACUAGUAUAAAUAACACAGAGAGGCCAGGAUGCGACGACUCCAUGAUUCAUAGUCCAGGACAGGAUGUUAGGAUGCUGUGAUCCAUGGUCCAGGCUUACAUGUUAGGAUACCGUGAUCCAUGUACCAGGCCAGGAUGUUACCUAGGAUGUAAUGAUCCAUGCCUUAGGCCAGGAUGUUAGGAUGCAGUGAUCCAUGCUCCAGGCCAGGAUGUUAGGAUGCAAUGAUCCAUGCUCCAGGCCAGGACGUUAGGAUGCAAUGAUCCAUUCUGAUGAUCGAACGAUAAAUUUAGAAGUUAAGUCCAUACCAUGCCACAUAAUACUAGAAAUUAUGAACACAUCUGAGAAUAAAUGUUUUCCAUAUGCAUAUCUUGGUAGUCAUAAAAACACUGAAGAGUAACUGCUGUUCAUUCCUUUAUCAGAAAGACUAAUACAUAUGACUUGUUUGGGAAACACAUUCAAGGAUAAUUCAAAUACUUGCAGUUGGUAUUAUUAUUUCAUCGAAUUUGAAGAUAACCAUAAUAAAACACUUUCUAGGUUAAUUCCAGUGGUGGCAGUGAAUCUUAUUUUUCUAUGGAAUAUUGCCAACUUGUUUAAAAUCUUCAGAACGUAAAUAAAACCAUAAACUUUGA